AUGUCUGAAAGUCUGUGUCCUUUGUGUAAAACAGAGCAGUUUGAGAGUAAUCUCAAGCGGAACAUUCUUCUCGAGGAGAUCGUUUCGUGUUAUGAGCGGCUACGACCAGAGCUUUUGGAGCAACUACAGGUGCCUCAAGAGUCCACGCCUUCUGAGGCUCCUAAAGAGCCAGAGCCUGAAGUUAUAGAGGUUUCAGAUGAAGAAGCUCCAAAAUCAAAACCUGUGGCGCUGGCGCCCGCUGCCGAUAACCUUGUCCAGUGUCCCGUGUGUGCUCAGAGCAUGACUGCUGAGUUCCUUCAAAGAAGCCAUUUGGACGACUGUCUCAACGGUAAGAGCCCAAAGGUUCCACCUCCACGCGCUGCUCCAACUCCUCAAAAGAGACCAAAAGGGAUCUCUUCGUUUUUCCAGCCUCGGAAGCGUCAGGAUGUGAAUCAUUCGUCAUUCUACUUCUCCCAGCCAGAGAAGCAUCGCCAUGAGAUCAAGAAGAUCCCUAAAAUCGACUUUGCAUCGCUUGCCACGCCGAAAAUCAAGGAGAAGUUGAGCCAGCUUAAACUUCCCACUUCUGGCACGAGGCACCAGCUUGAACUUCGGUAUAAUCACUACUACGUUUUGCAUAAUUCCAAUCUGGAUAGUAACCAUCCGGUAAACGACUUGGCCCUUCGUCAGAAGCUUCUACAAUGGGAGAAAUCACACGCCGCAUUCACAGCAAGUGCAUCUUCCAACGGACUCUUUGCCGAUUCGUUGAGCCACAAGUCUAUCACCGAUAAGGACUUCCCAGUGGGUCUUUGGCUUGAGAAGUACAAGAAAGCUUACAAACGGUUGAUCCGUGCAGCCAGAUCGAGCCACGAGAAGAAGGGGAAGGCGGCAGAUGACGAUAGCAAGAGUCCUAAUGGUCAGGCAAAUGGAGAUGUGGAAGUAGUCCAAGAAUGUACGGCUGAAGCCACGCCUGAAAAAGCCAAGGAACCAAGCCCCCAGGAGGGCCCUAAGGAGGGCCCCGAGGAACCUGAACCUCAUCUUUUGCUGAAAGUCAUGAUCGAUGAGUCGUCGUACUUGACUACGCACGAAACCGCUCUAGCGGUGGUGGCCACUUCGAUGAAGAAAGCAAGACUUUCUCUAGAUACGCUAGUGAUCAACCUGUUUAUGGGCGGUUUGCUAUUUACUUCGGGCGGUAUGCUUCAUGGGAUGAUCACGUCUCAUUGCCCAGAGACACUCAGUUCAAACCCAGGGUUUGUGAUGUUGUUGCAGGGUCUCGUGUACCCGAUUGGGCUUUUUUACGUUGUCAUUAUGGGUGUGGACCUUUUCAACUCCAAUAUUUUGUUCUUCCUGGUGGGUGUAGCUCGCAGAGCUGUGAGUGUAUUGGACCUACUAAUAUCGUGGUUUGUGAGCUGGUGGUUUAAUUUGGUGGGUAACAUUUUCGUGUGCUACAUUGUGUGUCACUAUUCGAAGGUUACUGCUACGCCGCUUAUGAUCGAAGGCUCCAAGCUCAUUUUACAGGAGAAGGCUGAACUUGCUUUCCAUCAGACCCUAAUACGAGGCAUGGCUGGUAACUUUUUUGUGUGCUUGGGCAUAUACUUGCAGCUCAUGGCUAAGCCUUUGCAUGUUAAGUUCCUCAUGAUGCUUCUACCUGUUUUCACCUUUGUUUCUAUGGGGUUCAGUCAUUCCAUUGCUGAUAUGUAUAUGGUCAUUGUUGGUUUGAUCAACCACAGUCCAGUAUCUGUGGGUACUGUCGCGUGGAAAGUGCUUCUACCUUCAACUCUUGGUAAUAUAAUUGGUGGCUCUUUCUUUGGCCUUGUGGUGCCAUGGUAUCUUCACUUGUUUGUUGUUGAAAGAGAUCAGCGCAGACUCCACUUGCCUCUGUACGAGAUGAGAGAUGAACAGCCAGAAUUGAACCAGGACUCCAGAGUUGUUCGUGUUGACCCAAGAGAUGAAGAGGAGGCUGAAAGAGAGAACGAACUCGAAGAGGAAAAGAAAGAAGCGGUUCGUGAAGGCGACCUGGAUUCUCUUGAUAGUUCCAGGUUGGGCGCCGAGCUGAAUGCGCCUGUCACUGCGUUGUACAGACCUUCUACUGGAAGAUCUACAAGAUCUAUACGCAGAAUGAAGUCUUACAGAUCUCCUGCUAACGUCUUCCCUGUUUACGGUAUGGAUCAUCCACGUGAACGUGAAAUGUCCAUUGCCUCCGGAAGACCUAGCUCCGACCGGUUCUUCGAUGCGCCUAAUGCUGAAGAUGAUGAUGGUGCAGAUUAUCUCGGAGAUCAACUCCGGCGUACCCUCUCACGCCAGACAUCUAAAAGGUCUAAGGAUAAAGACCUCGAAGCUCAGUCACUGAACCAAUCCUCACCUGACAGAAGACAAUCCGUGUCCACCGUUAAUAUCCCAGGACAACUAAGAAAGUUCUCCUUCAGCAAUCGCAGGGCUAAUAGGCAUGACCUUGAUGAUCUUAAUUCCCGUUUCAACAAGGCUGGUAUCACAGAAAGAGCAGCCAAUGCUGCGAACGAGGCCGCCGGUACUUCAGACUUUAUUGGCCGUGACCGUGCCCAGCCUAUGAUGAUGACCCGCUCCACUUCCACUGUGGGACCCACAUCUGUUCCUGAAGAGGACCGUUCAAGCACCCCUACUUCUGUUGGAACAGUGCAGCCAUACGAUCCCACUCUAGACCAAAUGAACAAAGCAGCUGACGCCGCAUACGUCGACGACGAGUGUCAGUGGGACUCGCUCAACCUUGAUCCUCGGAUCAUCCAGGCUGUGGACCACUUGGGUUUCAAAAACCCCACCCUUAUCCAAUCAAGUGCCAUUCCUUUGGCUCUCGAAGAGAAAAGAGAUAUCAUCGCCAAAGCCAGCACUGGCUCUGGUAAAACUGCCGCUUAUAUGAUCCCAGUUUUGCAGAACAUCCUCACGUCUGAACAGGAAAAGUGUGUCAAGAGCAUUGUGCUUGUUCCAACCAGAGAGCUUGCUAACCAGGUGGCUCAGUUCACAGAGAAGCUUUUGGUUUACAGUAACCAGAAGAUUAGCGUUGUGAACCUUUCAAGCAACAUUUCUGACCAAGUGCUUAGAUCAUUGCUUACCAACAAACCAGACAUUUUGGUCGCUACCCCUGCCAAACUUAUCCAGGUGCUUCAGGAGAACGUCAACUCCAACCUUAUAGAUCUCUCCAAGACCAGAAACUUGGUGAUUGAUGAAGUCGACUUGGUGCUUUCUUACGGAUAUAUGGAGGAUUUGGAACAGCUAGAGACAUUCUUGCCAGUCAAGACGAAUUUGCAGACGUUCUUGAUGUCUGCCACGAUUAACGAUGACCUUAAUGAACUUAAAAGCCGGUUUUGCUCCAAGCCAGCUGUACUCAAACUCAACGAAGAUAACGCCACAAACGAUAAACUUGUUCAGUAUUACGCUCGUACCACCGAGUUUGACAAGUUUUUGCUAGCAUAUGUGAUUUACAAGUUGAACUUGAUCAAGGGUAAGUCUCUUGUGUUUGUCAACUCCAUCGAGCGUGGUUACAGAUUGAAAUUGUUUUUGGAGCAGUUUGGUAUCCGUUGUUGCAUUUUGAACAGUGAGUUACCUGUCAACUCUCGUUUGCAUAUUGUUGAUGAGUUCAACAAGAACGUCUAUUCUUUGCUUAUUGCAACGGACGAGACCAGUGAUUUCACCGUUGAAAAGGAUGAAGAAGAGGAGGAACAGGAAGAAGAACAAGACACCAAGAAGGAAAAAUCUUCUAAGAAAUCCAAGGCAAAGAAGGAUAAGGAGUAUGGUGUCUCUCGAGGAGUCGAUUUCAGAAACGUUGCAUGUGUACUUAACUUUGACUUGCCAACGACGGCCAGAGCUUAUGUGCACCGUAUAGGAAGAACUGCCAGAGCUGGAAAAGCUGGUAUGGCUUUAUCUUUCGUCAUUCCUGAGAAGGAGGUUGGAAAGCAUAGAGUUGCAACCUUGCCUACUGCCAAGAAGGACGAGAAGGUGCUUAGGAAGAUCGUCAAGCAGCAACUGAAGAACGGUCUCGAAAUCAACCCAUACCAAUUCGACAUGAAGCAGGUCGAAGGUUUCAGAUACAGAUCUGAGGAUGCAUUCAGAGCUGUCACUGGUGUUGCGAUCCGUGAAGCUCGUAUCGCCGAGUUGAAGAACGAAUUGAUGAACUCCGACAAGCUUAAAAGAUUUUUCGAGGAGAACCCACAAGACUUGGCUUCUUUGAGACACGACAAGGAAUUGCAUCCAAGCAGAGUUCAGACACAAUUGAAGAGAGUGCCUGAAUACUUGCUUCCAGCCGCUGCCAGGGCUGGAACAAAGAAAGAUCUUGGGUUCAUUCCUUUCACGAAAAAGAGCAAAGUCAGAAAGAACAGCAAGAAGAAGGGAGGUCGCAAAUCUGACCCGUUGAAGAGAAUUAGGUAA